CUAUUAGCAAAAAUAACCGUUGGAAAUGUGAACGUGUAAUUCGACUGAUCCCCACCUGUCAUCCUCAACCUAUCUUUGGAUUCUAAACAAAAACAGUAUCACAAUCACACCCCCCAUUCUCAUUCUUUACUCUUACUUGUUUCUUCCUUUCUCUCCAACCCCCAUUUUCUGCCAUCUGCCCAUUUAUUUCCACACUAUUUAACCUCACUCCACUCUCUCUCUCUCUCUCUCUCUCUCCUUUGUCUUAACAACAAGUACAUUAUCAAUCUUUCAAUCUAUCUCUCACAAUAUUUACCAAUUAUUAUUUUUAAUUUCGCUAAUGAUCUCAUAAUAAUUUCCAAUGUUAACUCAUCACCACCUCAACUUCAUUUUCAUCACAUUCAUCAUUAUGGUGCUAUCUAUCCAUGUUUCCACCGGUGUGAGCACCACUAAUGGCGGCGAUACCACGGAGUUUGACUUCGGAACGUUAACCCUCACCAGCUUAAAACUCCUCGGCGACGCUCAUUUAAACAAUGGGAGCGUUCGCCUCACCCGUGACCUCCCCGUCCCAAACUCUGGCGCCGGGAGGGUGUUUUACUCCCGUCCGGUGAAGUUUCGGCAAGCCGGAACUAAUUUUCCGGUGAGUUUUACUACUUUCUUUUCUUUCGCCAUUUCAAACCUUAAUCCUAGCUCCAUUGGUGGUGGACUCGCCUUCAUUAUAUCCCCGGACAACGACUCGAACGGAGCGGCAGGAGGUUUUCUUGGGCUUAACCAGGGUUCGAACCCGGGGUUCGUUGCGGUUGAGUUUGAUACAUUAAUGGAUGUUGAAUUUAAGGACAUUAAUAGUAAUCAUGUGGGUUUGGAUCUUGGUUCAAUGGUUUCAGCUCAUGUAAGUGAUUUAGAUACAAUUAAUGUGGAUUUAAAGAGUGGUGAUCUAAUUAAUACUUGGAUCGACUAUUCUGGAUUAACUCAGAUUUUUAGUAUUUCAAUUUCAUAUUCAAAUGUUAAACCCAAAUUACCACUCCUUUCGUUUAGCUUUGAUUUGGAUAAUUUUGUGAGUGAUGAAAUGUUUGUGGGUUUCACUGGGUCAACUCAGGGGAGCACUGAGACUCACAGUAUUGACUGGUGGAGUUUCACCUCCUCUUUCGAGUCGUCAUCGACGUCAUCGGACCCUCAGCCGUCUCCUCCUUUCACUGUUCAGCGGCCGCCGAGUGGGACCACAACGGUGGCUGUACACGCUCCUCCGCCGGCAAUUCCGCCAUCGCAUUCGAAAUCGAUUGUGUCAACUAAUAAAAGCUCUUGUGGCAACCAGCUUUGUAAGCGUAACCCAGCUGCAGUUGCUGGGGUUGUGACAGCAAGUGCUUUUAUGUUAGCUUUGUUUGGAGGGACUUUAUUCUGGUUUUUCUCAAAGAAAUCGAAGGUGAAAUUACCUAGGAAUUCAACAUCCUGUUCUUUAGCAACGGAUGUCAUUAAAAUGCCUAAGGAAUUCAGCUACAAAGAGCUGAAAAUCGCCACUAAAGGGUUCGAUUCAAGUCGGGUAAUCGGACAUGGCGCCUUUGGGACGGUGUAUAAAGGGAUAUUGCCGGAAACAGGGCAUGUCAUCGCAGUUAAAAGAUGUAGCAAUAACAAUGGAGGGCAAGGGAAGAACGAGUUCUUAUCAGAAUUGUCAAUAAUUGGGUCACUUAGGCACAGGAAUUUAGUUAGACUUCAAGGUUGGUGUCACGAGAAGGAAGAAAUAUUGUUAGUGUAUGAUUUAAUGCCUAAUGGGAGCUUAGAUAAGGCAUUGUUUGAGUCAAGAGUGGUAUUAUGUUGGCCACAUAGAAGGAAAAUUUUACUUGGGGUGGCCUCAGCUUUGGCCUAUUUACAUCAAGAAUGUGAGAAUUUGGUUGUACAUAGAGAUGUCAAAACGAGUAAUAUAAUGUUAGAUGAAGCUUUCAAUGCGAAAUUGAGUGAUUUCGGGUUAGCUAGGCAAAUGGAGCAUGAUAAGUCCCCGGAUGCAACCGUGGCAGCGGGUACAAUGGGGUAUUUAGCCCCGGAGUAUCUUCUAACAGGACGAGCCACGGAUAAAACCGAUGUGUUUAGCUAUGGGGCGGUGACUCUUGAGGUAGCGACUGGCCGGAGACCGAUAGAGAAAGAAAAGAAUGGGACCAAAGGGCAUGGGAAUUUGGUAGAAUGGGUGUGGGGAUUGCAUACAGCAGGGAGGUUGUUAGAGGCAGUUGAUGAAAGGUUGAAUGAAGAGUUUGAUGAAGGAGAAAUGAGGAGAGUUUUGCUUGUUGGGUUGGCAUGUUCUCACCCUGAUCCAUUGGCUAGGCCUACAAUGAGAAGUGUGGUACAAAUGUUGGUUGGUGAGGCAGAGGUGCCAAUUGUCCCUAGAACUAAACCUUCUAUGAGCUUUAGUACAUCUCAGCUUCUUUUGAACUUGCAAGAUAGUGUUUCUGAUUGCAAUGCUAUGCUUACUAUCUCCACUUCAUCCUCUUCUUCGGACCGCAACUUAUUCCUACCGGGUGGUGGAACCGCCGAAGGUGGUAGUGGUGGUGAUGAUCUAGUCUAAAAGAUAACACGUCUAUGCACCGACGUGUUUGUUUCAUGCGCUGCAACAACCCACCCCUGUAAGAUAUAAUUUGGGUAACACAUCCAUAUGGGUGAGAAUUUUGUCAUUGUUGUAAAAUUAUUAUAGGGUUUUAGUUUUAAUUUGAUGACGCUAAGUGAUAUUGUUUCAUUUGAUUAAUUAUAAGUGUAUACACAAAUAAUGUGUCUCUAAGGUCAAACUUAAUUUUUUUCCCACAAAAGAAAGGGGAAAAGUAUUGUAAAACGCACAAAGUUUCGGACUUUUUUCAUUGGGGUACAAAGGGACCCUUAGUUUUGUUGUAAUAUUAUAACUCAUUAUUGUAACAAUAUUGGCAAUGGCUAACAAGGUGGUAUUGAUGAUUA